GCUUCACUUACAACAUAAGCCUUAGCAACCACGCGAAGACCCACUCCAGAGAAACACUCCAAUGCCAUCUAUGCGAGCGGAGCUUCACGGACGCCGGUCGCCUGAAGAAUCACGUGAUGGCUCACGCCGGCGGAGAGGCCUUCGUGUGCCACCACUGCGGGAAGAGCUUUUCUAGGAAAGAUGUCCUCGGCAUCCACAUGAGGGUUCACACCGGAGAGAAGCCGUUCACCUGCCCGCAGUGCGGAAAGAGCUUCGCGUGCAAAGGAAGCUUCAGGAUUCACGUGAGGGUUCACACCGGAGAGAAGCCUUACAAGUGUCCUCGGUGCGAGAAGAGCUUCAGGUAUAGAAGCGGCGUGAACCUUCACGUGCGGACUCACGACGGGAAGAAAGCGCCAUGAUUGGCGCAAACAUCAUUCUGGAGUAAGUCGUAGCAGUACGAUUUUAAACAUUCAGAUAUGUUAAGAAUAAAACGCAUGUUGCACGAAUAGCAUUAACAAGAAACACCUGCGACACUAAAAAGUACAUCUGUAGUGUCUAUCCUUUCAUUCCUUACAUGUAUUAAAAAGCAAUAAAGGUUGAAGUGGGCUCAUUAA